AAGCACUUGGUCUAUGAUAUUGAUGAAACUUGUUUACAACGUGUUGACCUUGUUAAAAAUUUAUUUGAUUCCAUAUCCUCUGGUGCUGUCACUUCUGCUUUAAGGAAAAGUGAGGUUCGUACCCCUUUAUUUCAUUCUCAUAGUAAUGAUUUGGUUGAGGAAGACUAUUAUGCUGACAGAAGAACUGAUAACAUUGAAGAAGAUUACGAUUUUAUUGUUGGAUUAGGUAAAGUAUAUUUUUUUUUUGAUAUAGUCAGCUCGGUCGAUUUAACUUUCAAGUAAAAAAAAAAAAAAAAGAUAUCGGUGCUUCGUUUUCUGGAUGCUCUUACAUUAAUCUAAAGGGUGAAAAUUGUAUUAAAAUGUUUAAAAAAGAGUGGUGGCCAGGUUCGGAUUCGGAGCUCGCCGGCUCCAGAAUUCCAACGUUAUUAAUGGUCGAUAAAUACAUGAGGCCUGUCUUUUGGGGGAAUAAAGCUAAAAAUGAAGCGGAUAACAAUAAGGACAAUGAACGCCUUGCUCUUCUAGAAGGAUUUACAUUAUUCUCACAUACGGAGUCCUUAAAUCGUUUUUAUGGCGAUGGUGAUAAAGCGUUGGAAGAUAUACGAUCAAACAACAAUUAUGGAACUGAUUGUGAUAGACAUGAACAUCAUCUCUUCAAGUACCUCUAUGACCUUAAGGACGAUCACAAAAAUAAAUCCACUGCCACCAGAAAUAUGUCUGCAAUGGAUGCCAUGACUUGUUUUUUAAAAGUUUAUACAGACUAUAUAGUGAAAUUUAUCGUCGAGGGCGAAAAACUAGUAUUACUCAAGACAUCGAGCAAAGCAUUUCUUUUAAACAAGUACAAAUUCAAGUUUGUUAUGAAUGUGCCGGCAAUGUGUGAUGCAUCUGACCAAGAAAGAUUAAUUCAAUCUGCUAUUCAGGCUGGAAUUAUCAAUGAAGACUCCCGUCACCGACUAUUGCUUGUAGAUGAACACGAAGCCGCUAUUCUUGCUUGUGAGAAUGAAUUGUGCCAAUUGUUUAAAAAUGGUGACGGACUAGACAACUACGCGAGAGACCAGGAUUGGAAAAACAUCAUUGUGUUGGAUGCUGGUGGGUUGACUGUCAAUGCAUCGACUUAUCAAUGGAGACCCUAUAAUAAAAAAAACCAAGAAAGACAUAUAAAUCAACUUGGAGACCGGAUAGGAGAUUUAUGUGGCUCUACAUUUUUGGACAUAGGUUACAAGAAAUAUCUUUUGCAACUUUAUAAAAAUAUGGGCAUCGAUCCCAAUGGAACCGACAACAAUCUUGAUAAGAUUUUGCUUCAAUUUUCAAACAAAUUUAAGCCAAAUGCAUACAUACCAAUUCAGGUUAGUGAUGAAAAUUUCUCAGUAAGGUCAGCCGUGGAUCCUCCUUAUAAUGUGGUAUCUCAAAAUACGCAAUAUCAAUACAACCGAGAUGAUGGAAAAAUUAUUAUUUCAGAUAAUGAUAUGGGACCAGAGAUCUUUGAUCCUGUAAUUUCUCACAUCCUAAAUCUUUUAAAGCGGCAAGUAAAGCAAGCCGAAGACGAUGGAAGAAAAAUCGACUCUAUUCUUAUGGUUGGCGGGUUUUCUCAAUCCGCUUAUUUAAGACAGAAAAUCCAAUCUACACCCCUUUUGAACCUUCCGCUUGUUACUCCAAAGGACAUGACAAGCACCUUUUCCCGCGGUGCUGUGUCAUAUGGGAUCAUAGAAAAUCCAAAGACUAGAAAUAUUGAUGAGGAUAAACAUUUUUCAUUGGAGGUACAGAUACCUUUGACGUCUUUAGAAAUGACAGAUCCCCAACUUAAAAAAGUGAAAGGCUUGAACGGAAAAUCUUAUGCAAAAGGUCGUUUAAAACACUUUUUAAAAAAAGGUCAUUGUACGUAUACCCAGAAAGUACAAACUGAGUAUCCCAAGAAUACAGUCAUUGGUAAGUAGGAAGAUUUCUGGUAGUGAAUUGUUCUGAAAUGCAUUGACCAAUCAAUAAUCAACAUUUUUCUUUCUUAACAUUAUCAGCUAUCUUUUCAUGUGCUU